AUGAGUACUUCUGGGGAUCAAUCUGAAUCUUCACAACAAAAGCUUGGCCGUCGCAAAAUCCCCUUGCAAAAGAUAGAAAAGGAGAGCAAUCUUCAAGUGACUUUCUCCAAGCGCCGAGAAGGGGUUUUCAAAAAAGCAAGCGAACUUUGCACCCUAACAGGUGCAGAGGCUGGUGUCGUAGUGUUCUCGCCCGGAGACAAAGCCCAUUCGUUUGGACAUCCAGGUAUAAACUUUGUAUCUGACAAGUUCCUAACCCCAGAGAAUACUGGUGUAGGUAAUCAAGAGAGAGAGGGUCGAGACUUCGUGCAGAUACAGAAAAAUGAAGUUGAUGAUUUGGCUCGAGCUGAGGCUGGGAUAGCUGCGGAGAAAGCGCGGAGAGAAGAGCUGGAGAGGUUAAGAAGGGAGAGUAUGAUACCCCUAGGAGGCCCAAGUAUGGAGGGACUCGGAUAUGCGGAACUCCAAUUGUUGAAGGAAGCUGUGACUAAGUUUGGAAAGAACGUGAGCAAUGUGGUUGGGAAAGCACCCAUUGCUCCACCAGCAACCAAUAUGGACGUCGAUUAUCCAUUUGGAGCGGGGUCAGGCACCAGGGUGCCAUAUAAUCAGACAGGGCAGAGUGGCAGUGGCAGUGGCAGCGGCAAUGGCAAUGACAUUGUUAACAAACAAAAUAAUCAAGGUGGUUGCUGA